GUGGUUAUGGAGAUGAAAUGGGAUUAACAUACUGUCUUCGUAUUUGGCAGAGGCAGGAUGCCACGUAAGGUAGGAUUCACCGUGAUCAGCUGGUCUAGUCAUGAGGAAAACUACAGUGCCAAAGAACUUAUGGUUCAUGCUCCAACCGUUAAUGGCUGGAGGUCUGCCAGGUUCUGUCCAUUCCCCCAGGAAAUCACACUGCAGAUGGUAGAGAGGUGUCAAAUCAGAAAGCUACAGCUGCUAGCUCAUCAGUACCUGAUUUCAGCUAAAAUUGAGUUCCACAUUGGGGACAGACUGCCAGAACCAGCAUCUCCUCCUGAUGUCCAGCAGUUCCGCAGACUCGGGUACGUGUCACUCUCCAAUAAUGAGAAGACGGGUUUCAGAGCACGAGAACUGAAGUCAGUACAUCUAGAUGCUGUCGGGACAUAUCUGAAGCUUACCUUUCAUCGAAAUCAUGUCAAUCAAUACAACAUCUAUAACCAGGUUGCUUUGGUGGCUAUAAAUAUAUUAGGUGACCCAGUGGAUUGCAACAAUUUCAGCCCAACGCUGAACAGAAAUAACCUGGUUGAUCAGUACCUCAGCAACACACAGAACAGCUCAGCACUGGAUGGCUCUUAUGCAGGGUAUAAACUUGACUCUGUCUCACCUUUGGAUGACUUGGCGUUUGACAUGUAUCAGGACCCUGAGGUUGCCCACAUAAUUCGCCAGCUGGAUGAUAGGAAACAAGACAUGGUCCGAUUAGAAAGAUAUGACCUUGCCAAAAAACUUAAGCAAGCUAUUGCAGAUCUACAGAAGGUAGGGGAGUGUUUGGGCAGGUAUGAUGUGGAGAAGCACAGUGCCAUUGAGAGAGAAGACUAUGACACAGCCAAACAGAAGAAAGAGCAGAUGGAGUCAUACAGGCUUAGAGUAUACCAGCAACUAGAGCUACAUGAUCUGCUUGACAUGCAUCAGAUCCAAAGAAUGGUAGAAACUGUGUCUGAGUGUAGCAUUUAUUCUCCAACUGUUCAACAACUGCAACAUGAUCUCAAUGAAACACCAGAGAAGAAGAAGCAGAAGAAGCCUUUGCUAAAAGACAAAGAGAUUUCAUCUAAUACAAUAAGCCCUCAACACACACACGCAGCAACUCCUCCCACAUCACCUCAGCAUUUAAAAACUAAUGUCAGCUCUUUGCCAUAUGAUGAGAGGCCUCUACCUGCCCUGAGGAAGGAAUCAGGAAAUCAUCCUCAAACUCAGGCUAAACAAACGCCUACUCCAUCAGAUCCAAAUAGCUCAUUCAGUCAUGCUGUCACUGGAGAACCAGAGCCUCUCUCAGAGAAAGCCCAGAGAGAGGCUCUUUUGCCCAUAGAGAUCUAUGGAGACAGACUGGUGGCUGGUGCGUAUUCAAAGACCUGGUCAUAUAGAGAGGAUGCCUUGCUGGCUGUGUACAAGAAACUGGUGGAGGUUUCAUCAGAAACCCCUAAAGCUGAACUGAGAAACAUGAUGAGGGCAGCUGUGUUCCUCUGCAAAAAAGGACUGACUGAUAAAGUCUCAUCUGUAUUCCAGACAUCACUGAAGCUGCUGAGAAUGAUUCUGAGUGAGUUCAUGUCCUCUCACCAGCUAGGCAGAUCUGAAAUCAGUUACUGUGUGGAGCAGAUCUGGCCAAGCCUUUUCUCCCGUACUGGCGACUCCACACCAAGACUUCGUACACUGGCCAUCGCUUUCAUACAGGAGAUGGCAUUAUAUAAGGAAGUACGUGCCCUGCAGCUGGUGCCCACUGAGCUAGUAAAGCCCAUAAAGAGCAGCAUGCCUGUACGUUUGACCCUCAGCACGCUUGAAUUGCAGGACACACUUUUACAACAGCUUGGAACCAAUGACUCUGGCUUCACCCUUGACAACAUCAUGCGGUUUCUAGUUGGUGCACUGGACCACUCCGCAGCAUCGGUGCGUGAACUGGCUGUUCGUGUUGUGCAGACCAUGUAUCGCCACCAUGGUAAAUCUGUACUCAGCUACCUGCCACCCAGUGAUGCCAGCACUCGUAAAAAUGUCCUCUACAAAAACCUUUUUGACUCUUUUAUCAAGAUGGAAGAAAGACUGGACUCAGAGGUGCUGAGCAAAGAAGUGCAGAAACAGGAAGAGAACGAAAAACAAGAAACAUGGGGUUUGCAGGAGCAACAUAUUGUUUCCAAAGAGAUCAGUGUAAAGGAAAAACGAAGAAAAAACACAUCACCCGAGAGAAAAGCUGACAAGGCACGUAAACAAGAUGUUAAAAAGGGAACAUAUUCCAUCUCUACUGAUGCAAAAGGAAGCCAGUCCAUGCCAGACUACCUAGACAAUCUGUGUAUAUUCUGUGGAGAGAAAAACAAGUCUUUUACCGAGGAAGGCUUGGACCUGCACUACUGGAAACACUGUCCGAUGCUGUGUCGAUGCAUCUACUGUCGACAGGUGGUUGAAAUUGCAAGCCUGACAGAGCACCUGCUUUCAGAAUGUGAACACAGAGCAGAUUUUACAAAGUGUCCUCGCUGUUCUGAGGCCAUCAUCAGAAACAACCUGACUGAGCAUGCUCAAAGCACAGCCUGCAACUCUCCUCCAGAUAAGGCCAGUGGGAACUACAAUCACUGUCCUUUGUGCCAUGAGAACUGCCCUCCAGGAGAGGAGGGCUGGAAGUUUCACCUCAUGGACAUCAAUGCUGGCUGUAAGCAGAACACACGCAGGAAGGUGGCUCAACAGCAAGCUCACAUACACACACAAGGAAAGACAGUCAGCACUGUACUGUCUAAGCGACCAGCAGCAUCAACAGAGUCUACUUGUAAAACCAAGGGAGGCAGCAGAGUCAUCAGUCGCAUACCUGCACCCGCACCCCGCCCUGGUAGGACCAAUAAAGCAAGGCCUUGACCCACAGAGUCAUCCAAAACUGAACCUCAAUUAUUUUCACAAGGUUUUAAACGAUUACAGGGAUGAAUGUAGUCUUUUUUUCAGGCAUGAAGCUAAUAUAUAACCUGACUGCAUUACACAGAGAUUUAGCUACUUUAAAAUAUUCUGAAUUUUAUUGGUGUAUUUAAAUAUACUUCCCAAUUUUGGGACAUUUAUGUGUGUCUCUGUGUUUGAAAAUAGAUAAAUGCACUUUGUUAUAUAUAUAUAUAUAUUUUUUAACACUGUUAAAAGUAUGCAUAUUAUGCAUUUGCAAAUCAUGUGCACUAAGGUGCAUUAACGUUCAGUCUAGUAAGCUGGUAAUAAUUUGACCAAAUAGCCCAAUAACAAAAUUCACACAAAGUUCAUGUAAAUACCUCAUGCUAAAUAGAAUCAGAACAUUUCUGAUUCGAUCACUCUUCAUGUAUUAACCCCUUUACUAAAAGCCAUAUAAACUUUUGCAUCAGGGUGAUAUGAUAUGAUGGCACAGCUGGGUAGAGUGGGUACCUCAUAGCAUUGAAGGUUUUCGGAAACUAGAAGAGAUCUUUGGUGCCAAUUACUAUAAGAAUUUCUUGUUAUUAAAUUACCGAUUGCCAUUAUUAAAAUAUGUGUGUUAGAUGGAUUAAAUGUACCACUCGGGGGUUUAAUGUAUCACAUCAUUGUAUUGUUACACAUAUUUCUAAUGUAAAUCAUUUUAAUUUGUGGAAAAAUAUUUUAUCUUAAUUAUUUAAUUGCAUAAGGUUUGUGAAGAAGAUUAUUGUAAUCUUUAUUAGUGUGAGUUGGCAACUGAGAAUUCGCCAUCAUGUUGUUGGACUCUCAAGCCUGGAUUAAUAGGCGGGUUUCAUUAGAAAGCACAAUCGUCAUUAAAAUGACACCACAUCAAGAAGCAGAUUAAAGAUCUGCUGUGGCUACCCCUAACAGGGGCAACCGAAAGAACUCAUAUACAGUAGUGGUAAACAUUGUUGGCAUCAUUGAUUGUUUACUAUUAAAAAGCAGAUAUAUUCAGAUUUAAGUGGAUAUGUACCAACUUUGUAUAAUCAGAAUUUUUAAAUAGCAGGUCCAACUACACUCAACAAAAAAUUUGGCCUUACAACAAACAUGCAGUUAUUAAAAGAAAAAGAGGAAACAUAGUAUAUGGAAAGGCACCCUUUCCUAAUACUUAAUUGCUGUCUAAAACUAUUGCAAAUUUUUAUCAAUUUUUAAUCAAACCUAGUUUUCUUAUACUUUGGAGAACAUUUUGCUCUUAAAAGCUCUGACAACCCCCUGAUAUCAUUGUUUCUGUAACAUGUUUAAGGCUUUCAGUCUCAGAGGCAGCAAAGCAGCCCCACAACAUUAUGGAUCCUCCACCAUGUUUGACUGAUAUGCGUUGCCAGUAAGCUCUAAUUUGGUUUCAUCUGUUCAUAGAACACUUUCCCUGAAGGAUUGUAGUUAUCUAUUUACGUUUAAGGAGUGGGUUCCUCCUUUGGCCUUCGCGCAUAGAACCCUGUUUUGUUUGGUGUGCAGCAUGUGGUAUGGGUUGACACCAACACCCCAGAUGUCUCUUCUUUGGUAGGAUUCUGUAAUCAGUUUUCCUCUUCCCACCACAUUCUGAAAGGUUCUUGACUGUUCCAUGAGUAGCAGACUUUUAUUUGGUAAUGAUAGCGUUUCUGGUCUGCUCAGACCAGCUCUCAUCCAUGCCAUUGUGAACAAAGGACCAGGGAAAUAAAUUGCCCUUUUUAAGCAUCAAAGCAACCAUUCACAGUGCAAUUAAAGUCAUGUGAGCACUGACAAGGUGGGGACAGGCGAGCCAAUUUUCCAAUUAUACACAGGUUAGUCUGAUUUUAUCCUUUGUUUCAAACUGAACAAAGGGUGCUGUUAAUCAUGUCCUGGCAUUGUUUUCAAUUUUGUAUUCUUUUUUUUUUUUUUUUUUUUUUUUUUUUUUUACAAAAAAAACCAAUAGUUUUAAUUUUAUUUUUGUGUUCUGUGCUUUUCUAUGUCAAAAAUAUAAGUUUAUAUGUUUUUCGAACAAGUGUAACAUGAACAAGUAUAAAGGAAAUAGUGUUACUUAUUAACACCAAGUGUAAUGUAAAUACCCCACAUGAAUUUGUAUGAAGGAAAUACAGUGUUACUCAUUGUUAAAGCUCAGAUAUUUAUCUGCACCACACAUUAAUACCAAAGUUAAAUAUUAACUUACAUUAAUGGGACAGGGAGUAUAGUCAUUAUGGUCAGGUUGAUACAGGGUGCAGUUAUUAAAAUAACUGUCAAAAUGUUCUGUAUAUCCAUGUUACUGUAUUGAUGAUGAAUAAAAAUCAUCCUGCUACUAUAAAACGUCUUAUUAAAGUAGCAUUACCUCUAAAUCAGCACAAGUUUUCUUGUAUUAAUGAUUACAGAUUUUAAAGAGUAUACUUUUAAUAUGAUGUCACAGCAUUUAAUAAAAGAAAUAUGAGUAUGUACUGACAAAUACAAUACAUUUAAUUAUUAUAGUAUUAUUUUUGAUAUUUAAAGAAACAGAUGGCUAAACUUAGUUUUUUUUAUUUUUUUUAUUUAGUAAGCUGAAUUUAUAUUUUUCUCCAUAAAGGUACUAAUUGUAUUUAUAAUUUACUGAACAGUGCUAAAAAUGCAUGUCCAAUUAUUUCAACCAGUGUUGAUUUACAAAUGAUCCCCACAGAACGUAUAUCAAAUAAUUUCAAGUGUUUAAAGCACAGGUUAAAGCUACACAUAUAUAAAAACAGUGAAAACAAUGGUUUUUAUAAGCACAACAUUAACAUAAUAUCAGUAAUACACUCAUUCAUUCAACUUCAAACAGCCUUUAUUGCUUCAUUUGUUAGAAUACGUUAAUUCUGAGAACAUUUUCACCUUUGUCUAUACAUUUUGCAUUCAGUCAUGCAAAAUGAAAUGUGACAGUGAACAUGAAUAUCAGUGGAAAUGUUUCUAAUGUAGCUGUUUUGUGAGUAAAGAGCUGUGUGUGGUUUGUUAAAUAAAAUGAGUAUCUCUA